CGCGACUUAUCGAUACACGUUAAUCCCGACGCGACGUGAAGAUAGGCACGGAAAGAAUUGAAGGAUAGGCAGAGAGACGGCUGUGCUGUGAAUAGCAGCCUGAAUAUAUUGAAAUGACAACAAAUGAUUGAUACUGCAGCGAAUGUUGUAAUAUGAGGUGAAACAAGGAGAGGCAUCGCGGCGCGAACGGGGAGCGCACUUCGUUGGUUAUGUGAGCAUCGAAACGCGUCGUCAUUCGCCCGUUCUCCACGCAUAUUGGCCGCAGGAUGGGCCAGGGUACGGAUACAUGCACGGACAGGCCCGCCGAAGUGAGCGUCAUCAGAUUCGUUUCCAGGAAUCGUACCAUCGAGGAAAUAGCCCCGAAGAAGGAAAUAUAUACCUGCAAACAACGAGGCUGUGGCAAAACAUUUACUAACCAAGAUGAAUACAAAACGCAUGAGGCUCUCGAGGCUUUGAAGAUUAGGUUUAUUUGUCGAGAACCAGGAUGUGGAGAAGAAUUGUCGGACCCUGGAAGUAUGUGGCGUCAUUAUCAAGAAUGGCACAAUAAUGAAACAAAUGUAUUUAUAUGCCCAUAUACAAAUUGCGGCUCCUUGCAUACAACCAGUAUUAAUCUAGAGGAACAUAUCGAAAACUGCCAUAGACAACCGCCAGCAUUGCCAACGGAGCCGGAAGUAAUAUGCUUCGAAGAUCCUGAGAAUGCAAUGGACGAGGAAGUUGUACAAAGCGCAGAUGAAUGUUACGAGAAGAGAACAAACGAAUCUCUCGCGGUAAAAGUAUGCCAAUACGAAAAUAAUAACGAGCAAAAUCUUCUCAGAAACGAUAAUGCACAACAAAAGAACGAAGUAGUCCAUGAUCAGGGUAACGCGAACGAUAGCCCGAAAGAAGAUUACUCUUCCGUUAGUGAGUCUUUGAACGAGGCCGGCGCAUUUUCUAUAAACGAAAGUUUAAUACUAAAUACAGAGAAUUUUCUGUCUAAGUACGAGAGUAACACCAACAAAUGUUCAGAACUCCAAAGUGAACAUUCCCAGGAAAAGACUAAUGUAGUUUACGUAAACGGUGAUAUUACCAUUACUAAGAAUAUGAAAAAUGAAAUUUGCAGUAUGAACGCGAGAAAUCAGGAGCACCGAAUCGAGCUAGAUAAUCUAGAGAAAAUUUUUAGAAACGAACUCGACCGCGAUGUUUCAAAAACCGACGAAAAUACUAUGGAAACGAACAGCAAUUGUUCGGACGACGAGGAGUAUACCCCAAAGAAACAACGUAUGUCUAGGUACAAGCAAGAAAUUUACAAAUGUGCAGUUAACGGCUGUGGGAGAAAAUACAAGUACAUAUCCCAUUAUCGUCAUCACCAGGAUAGUCAUAAACUAGCAGCCAAUACAAUUAGUUCGAAUUCUAAUAAAUCGAUACUGAAAUUAAAACAAGGGAAAGCCUCAACCGUCAGUUUCUUCUUAUGCAAGAUUCCUGGUUGUGGAGCUCAGGUGAGCAAUGUGACCGGUCUGUGGAAACAUUACCAGGACAAUCAUGCUAAUUCAAAACUGCCACUAGUACAAGGGACUAAAAAUAGUGAAGUAUUUCGUUGCAAAAUUCCUGGAUGUGAAACAGAGUUUAGUACAACAGUAAUGCUCUACAAGCACUUUACCGAAGUGCAUUCAAACGGCACUGGUAAUAAUGCUAGCACAAAUACAAAGACUGGGAAUGGGAGUAGUUUUCAUUACACUGAGAUAUUUAAAGAUGAUACUACUAACCCGCAAGCAAAUUUUAAGACUGACUUUAAAGCAAAGAACAAUAUUAAUGUAAAUGACUGUACAAUAAGUACUGAUGAUCAAAGAUCGUCGUCGGUUGUUAAGAAGGAGGCGCGGGAUUGAUUCCAAACAGGUUGGCAUCGUAAACGUGAGAAUAAUUAAUUAUAGCGGUGAAUCAGAGUACUUUACCGGGGCCGCAAGCAUUUGAAUUAUUGUUCCUCCUUCUUUACGAAUAGAGACGUCUCUAUUCUUCAUUCUUUAUCUUUUUGACUAGUCACUUUUUAAUUACGCUUUUAUUUGUUUUAUGAGGGACGGCCCUCGUUAACUACUCAAAUCUUUGUGACUAUAACUCCAAAUCAUAGAAAUGUAAAAUAGAGAGAUAACUCUAGGAUUAUCAGAGUUGUUUUUCUAUAAAUAUCAAUUGUUUCAGUGCAAAUAUACGAUACAAAUUUCAUAGCUUAUAAUGUUAGAUUAAAUUUAACUUUUUAUUUGAAAGUUAAAAUGAAUAAAAAAAAAAACAUAUUUUCAAUGUUUUUAAGUAUAUUUUGUUGAAAUUUAUUCACAAUGUAGUAAAAAAUGUUAUUACAAACAUCAUAUACAAAAUAAAUAUUAAAUCGACUUGUUUGUAAUAUUUACAUUUAAAAAAAAAAAGAUAUGAAAAGCAACUCGAACAAAUUUAAAAUGUUAAAACUCAAUAUUCAAUCAAUACAACAGUAAACGCAAAGUAAAAAUACAAUUUCGUAGAUUGAUAUGCCUAGUGUGGCAGAUAUAAGAAUAAAAUUCUUGAAAAACCACGAGAAAAAACUGUUCACUGCAGUAAUUUGUGCGCAUGUUAAUAUAAAACUCUUGACUUUCCAUACUAAUUUUUACUAUUUUAUAUUAUUGUAUCAUUUUAAUGUAAUUUAUGUUAGAUCAUGUCGUAGUUAUUGUAGUAGAUAUUGUAGGUAAAUAAGCAUUACAUAGCAUUUUCAUUUAUAUGUCUGUACAUUGAAAAAUAAAGUGCAAUAGUAAGUUGAAAAAGA